ACCCGCUCCGCCGUAAAGCGCCGCCGGCGCCCACGAGCGCGUGUUGGCCUGCUUCCUUCCGGGACGCUGCGGUGGGAGCUUGGCGCCGGGGCCAUGGGCAAGCGCGUGCGCCGGAGGCAGCUGCUCAGCAGCCUGACGAAGAAGCAGAAGCAGCACCUGCGGGACUUCGGCGAGGAGCACCCCUUCUUCGACAGGGUUUCUGGAAAGGAAGCAAAACCGCAGAUUUGCCAACUGUCAGAAAGUUCAGAUACUUCGAAUUCUGAAAGUGAAUCAGAGAGUGAACCAGAACAGGUUUCUGGGUACCACAAACUACUUGCCACAUUAAAGAAUGCUUCUGAAGAAGAGGAGGAUGAGGAAGAGGAGGAAGAGGAGGAAGACAGUGUAGAUGAUGCAGAAGUGAAUGAAGAAGAUGUCAGUGAGGAAGAAGAGACAGCAGCAGAGUCAGCUGAGAUGCAGGAGAAGGUGACCUUAUCUGCCGAAGCCGAGGAGGAAAACCAUGGAGAUGGGGAGACUCCUGGCGAAUCGCAGAAACCCCCAGCCGAGUUCACAGAUGCAAAACAUGAGGCGCUCUUCAGCCUGGAGACCAAUUUUCUUGAAGAGGAAGGUGGAGACGACUGUUCUCUGAAAGUGUCACAAGAUCCAUUUGUGCACCAUGUGAACAAGGAACUGAAAGAAAAAGAAGUUCAAGCGCUUCCAACAAACCCCAAAACGACCCAUCGGCUCAAAUGGCCCACCCUGGGCCAGCUCGUCUUUUCCUCCAGGUUUCAGAGGAUGGAAACGUUUAAGCCUCCGAAGGAUGUUGACCUAAAGUCGCUUCAUCUCCAGAAGCCGCUGGGCUCCACUUGGACCAAGACCAACGGCCAGUUCAUGUCUGGUCCCCAGAAAUCCAGGUGCCCCUUCAGCCCACUCCAGAAAGAGCUCUUCCUGCUUAUGAACUCCUACCGGGACCUGUUCUACCCAGAAAGGACUGCACUGGGGAACGGGGAGGAGAUCCGACGCGUGUACUGCCUGCAUGCGCUGAAUCACGUCCUCAAGGCCAACGCCCGAGUGCUCAGUAACAACACCAGGCGGCGAAGUCAGAAGCCCGGGCUGAGUGAGGACGAUGGCUUCAGGGACCAAGGCCUGACGAGGCCCAAGGUCCUGAUGGUGGUGCCAUUCCGGGAAGCUGCCUUGCGGCUGGUGCAGCUCUUCAUCAGCCUCUUCGAGGGUGACAGCAAGAAGAAAGUUGUCGUGAGCAACAGAAAGAGAUUUCAGAGCGAAUAUGGGUCGGACCCCGAGGAGAGACCACCCAACCUGAAGAGGCCCGAGGACUAUGAGGCUGUGUUCGUGGGUAACAUCGAUGACCACUUCAGGAUUGGAGUGGCGGUGCUGCAGAGGAGCAUCCGGCUCUACGCCCCCUUCUACUCCUCUGACAUCCUCAUCGCCUCCCCGCUGGGCUUGAGGACCAUCAUCGGUGGAGAAGGGGUGAAGAAGAGAGACUGUGACUUUCUGUCUUCCAUUGAGCUCCUCAUCAUCGAUCAGGCUGACAUUUACCUGAUGCAGAACUGGGAGCAUGUCCUGCACUUGAUGGACCACAUGAACUUGCUGCCCCUGGACUCCCACGGGGUGGACUUUUCUCGAGUACGGAUGUGGAGCCUCAAUAACUGGGCCAGGUUCUACCGCCAGACCCUGCUGUUUGGGGCCCUGCAGGAUGCGCAGAUCAACUCUGUGUUCAACAGGUUCUGCGUCAACUUGGAAGGCCAGGUGGCCGUGCGCAAUGUCCCCGGGCCGGGCUCCAUCAGUCACGUGCUGGCGCAGCUCCCACACGUGUUCCAGAGGAUGGAUCCUGAGAACCUGGCCACCGCCAUCGAUGCCAGGUUUAACUUUUUCGUGAACAAGAUUCUGCCUCAGUACCGUGACGCCAUCAUGUCCCACACACUCAUCUAUGUGCCCUCCUACUUUGACUACGUGCGUCUCCGAAAUUACUUCAAGAGGGAGGAGCUGAACUUCACCCACAUCUGCGAGUACACCCAGAAGCCUGCUGUCUCCAGGGCCAGGCACUUCUUCCUUCAAGGAGAGAAGCAGUUUCUGCUCCUCACGGAGCGCUUCCAUUUCUACAAAAGGAAGGUGGCGCCGGGGAGACUAAGCUCUUAAGCGCUGAGCAGCACCUGAGGAACACCGAGCUGGCUCUUCUGCUGGGCAGCCCUGAAUGCCUGGGUGGUAACUGACUCCCGAGGGAAGAGGCUCUGCACGGAUGGCACAGGAGGAGACAGCCGGGUCCUCGGUGUGCUGGAGCUGCCACGUCGGCCUUGGGCGGCCUCUCCUUGCCCUCCUACAGAAACGCAGAAGCCUCUUAUUUAAGUCACUGAGGCUGGACUGAUGGGGACCAGCGGCGGCCUCACAGACGACUCCUGACAUCCGCAGGCUGUGCCUAGUCCCUGGGUUCCUUGCAGGCACCGGCUGCCAUGCCAUCCUCCCGUGUUGAUGCUGUGAGGGACGAGCUCACUGUGACACAUGCAGUCCACGCUGCACCCCUAGAAUGAGGGGGACAAGCGUCCCUCGGGAUUUAUGGAGACAGCAGAAAAGUCAGACUUGAGCUCUCUGAAAGUUGGUGACCCUGCUUCUCAGUUCGAGGGUAUUUCAGAGCAAAAUCAGCCAGCAAAUCAGAAUCCUCACCUUGGGAGGAGCUAGAGACCUGUCCAGUCUGCCACUUGUUCCGUGGGUACCCGGAGGCUGCCUGAGAGGAGCCUUCAGCCUCGGCCUGGCCGCCCUCACGCUGCCCUUCACUGGCCUCCAGCCAGCUCCGAUGGUCAGCACAGUGGGCUGCAUCCUUGAGGCCUGGCUCCGUCUCUAAAGCUGCACCCACAUCCUUCCUUCCACCUCCAGCUAGUUCAGGAGAGGGCCCUGUCCUGAGAUCCGCUCCUAUGGGCCGGCCAGCAGGCCUCGCUGCCUGCAGCUUUCUUCUCUGGAAACUCGUUCAUUACUUCUAGUCUUUUAAGAAAGCAAGCCAUAUUCAUUGAGCAAAGACAAGUAAAACUGGGAAAAAACCAAAUUUACACCUGUGCUGGGCGCAGUGGUGCGCGACUAUACUCCCUGCUACUCAGGAAGAUGAGGCAGGUAGAUUUCAGGUUUGAGGCCAGUCUGGGAAACUUGGCAGGACACAGUCUCCAAAAAUAAAGAUGGCAGAGGAUGUGGCCCAGGGCUAAGGCACCUGUGGCUUCCAUCCCCAGUGCACAAGAGAGUUGCACCUACUUGGUGGUAAUUUAACAUCUUACUGUUUCCUCCCAGAUUCUUUGCUGCCUGAGUAAUAGCCAACUCUGUACAAACACACUUUUUUUUUUUUUUGAUACACAUACACACUUGCUGUAGAAGGUGGUUUUGUCUAGUUAUCUGCUGAGCACAGUGCUUGGAACAUUAUAAUAGAAGGUAGCACUGGUUGGAGCUCUUAGGAAGUGCCAGAAACUUUGGAGCCCUUCUCUUGUGUGCAUCAGCCCUCAUACCCAUGUGACAGGGAAUCACUGCUCCUCCCCACCCCAGAGGAGGAGUCUGGCCCUUGGAGACCUGAGGACCUCGUGUCAUCAGGAGCACAGCCAGGGUUGUGAGCACAAAGCAGUCUGACCCAUGAAUCUCCAUCAUCGUUUACUGGAUAAUCCCCCCAAAUAAACACGGAAGUACCCAGUAAACACCAGCUCAUUACUGUCAUUACCCUUUUCAGGGAGCAAGCUCCUGAGUUGCUGAACUCUUAGAGGACUAAUGGGGAUGAUAGUGUUUUCUUCGGGCGAGUUGUCAUAAAAUUCAGUGGUUCAGUGUACAUCCCUGUGGGUAGUGUGUCACUCUAACGGGAUCCAUGCUUCUGAAAAGUUUAAUGUUUCAUAUCAGAAUUAUUUAAACUCUGCUGUCCUGCUUCUCCUUGGUCCAUGGAGCUUCACCCAGAGAAAUUAAAUUCUUAAUAUCAGUCCAAAUAAAAAUUAGGGAGAUCGUGUUUCUUGAAACACAGUACACGGAGAGCAGCAUAAUGGGUUAAAUCAUGGGCACAGAAGCCAGGCUGCCUAGGUUUAACUUGUAAGGUCAGAGCAAGGCACAACGAGACCGCCGAGGCAGGCAGAGGCUAAGCAACAUGCCAUGAGCUUCUUGCCGUCUGGGUGCAGAGGGCCGAGGGUGAGAGGGCCGAGGGUGAAAAGGCCGCUGGCACUGCGAGGAGGGCGUGCCUGGCUGGCACAGGGGAGUUUAGGUAGGGAGGGGGCACUGGCCGACGGGUGGGAGAUUUUAGAGCCCGGCGGGGCGGUGCUGGGCUGGGCUGGCUGAUACCCAGGGUGGUGGGGAGCAGCGGGCGGCUGCGGCUUCUUUUUCUUUUCCGAUGUUAACACUUUGGGUUAUUUCUUUCCAUU